AUGAGUGAACGAGAUGUAGAACGCUUAAGAGAAAGUGUUUGGUUCCAAAAUCGACGAGCAAAAUGGCGUAAACAACAGAAGUCUGGUUGUGAGCCUUUCUCUGGCAGAGGCAGGUCGCCUGAUGAGAGAUCACCCACAGCUCUGGCGCUCGAAAUGAGAGAUUUCAUCACUAUACCUGUAUCAUCAACACAAAUGGUUAACAUCCAUUCGGAUACAUCCAAUCAGAACAGUUACAGUACAAAGAAGCAGCCAGCACCUGCUAUUCAUAUAUCAGCAUUACCGAACAGACAGAAUCCUCAAAUGGAACUACCGUCAUUCUCAAUACCACUCCAAUACAACCUCGGCACUUUCAAAAAGAUCGGAGAAGACGUACAGCUUGAUCUAGAACCAACACCAGAAGCUGUCCAUCAAUCGCAAUGGGAUGCAAGAAUGAUACCAAACUUUAGUCUCAUGAAUUUAAAGCCUCUUUUAGACAAUAGAGAUAAUAUAGAUAUGAGUGAAUUGAAAUAUGAUGUUAAGAAUGAAAGCAGCAGAGUUAAUUUUAAUGAAAUACAAGGUGAAGUGGUGCAAGCGACAACAAUGGAUGCAGACGAUAUUCUAGGCAAAAGUGUUAGCGAAGGACAGACCAUUUCUCCAGAUUUCAAUAUAGAAAGAUAUCAGAAUUACCAAACUGAUACCGAGAAGAGAUUUAGAGACACUAGUUUUGAUGAAGGUAUGAUCGAAGACGGAAGACACGAUUUUGUGUGUGACAACGAUUUCUUAUGUAAAAAUAAUUACGAAAAGGUUGAUGAAAAACGGAACGAGUUCGAGGAGUGUCAUUUGUUAGAUACAGACGGUAACGUAGGUAUUAGUAAUUUUGACAGUAAUUUGUGA